AUGAAAGAGAAGGAUCAAGAACUUGACAAGGAUGGUUCCAACAAAGGUCCAGGUCACCUAGAAUUGACCUCUUUUGAUAUUACUGUGGAGAUUCUAACUAGAUUGCCAGUAAAAUCUCUUAUGAAGUUCCAAUAUGUUUCCAAGACAUGGUGUUCCAUCAUCCGAAGCAAAAAUUUCAUCAACUCUUUGGUCUCAACACCAUCACCUCUAUUUCUAAUAUCUUUAAUGACCAACGAGAAAGCUGAAAAGUAUUUGUUCCUUUUAACGUCUUUACAAGAGAAAGAUGAAGAAUCUACUUCUUUGGUAGCAAAUCUGGACAUGACACUAGCUUCUAACAAUGCUAAUAAUUUUUCUGUACGGUGUGCUUCGGUCAAUGGCUUUAUUUCUCUUUCGCCUAAUGGUCGGUUCGUGGUAUGUAACCCUAGCACAAAACAAGUGAUAUUAUUACCGAAAUUCGAAACCGCUGGUACUAAAUGGGGACCUGUUUAUAAGUUCUUGGGGUAUGAUCCCAUUAAUGAUCAAUACAAAGCAUUGUGUAAGAAGAUGUUUUCAUAUCCUGAUGAAGAUCAAGGGCACAUGGUUUUAACACUUGGAGGUGACAAAACACAUACAUGGAGACAAAUUGAAGGCGCUCCCCAAAAUUAUCUCCCUAGGUCAGAAGGAAUAUGCAUCAAUGGAUUUGUGUAUUAUCGCGCUUGGACUCCCGAUUCAUCUAGAUUGUUAGUGUGUUUUGAUGUUAGAUUAGAGAAGCUAAGUAUUAUUAAACUGAAAAUAUCAUGUUGGGACGACUCUACUUCAGCUUUGAUCAACUACAAAGGAGAGCUAGCUCACGUUGUUAUUGGUGGAUGCUUCCUUGAUUUUUGGGUAUUAAUAGAUGCCAAAGAACAUAAAUGGUCGAAUAAAUUUCAUCAAAUCUAUAGAGUUUGGUGGGAUUCUAUACCAGUAGACGUUCCAAUAACUAUCCAUGGCACUAACAAUGUUGGUGAAAUCAUUAUUUCCCCAAAGUUUUUACUAUGUAACCUUGGAGACUUUCCCAUUAUCUACUACGAUAUAGAAAAGAAAAAGGUUACAAAGGUUCAACUUAAAGGAAUUGCAUGUGAUGAAGAUUUUAGGCGUCGUUAUGGUCCUUGCCUUGUCAAUAUCUCACCAGAACAUUGUUGUAAUUUUAACUUAAUAUGA